AUGGCUAGCAGAUAUGGUUCAAUGGCGGGACCGCCGUCAGCGGUUAGAAAAUCUAGGAUGGAUGGCAAGAUGUCUUUAUUGCCUAAGCCACGUCGACCAGGUUCGGUUGACAGACCAUCUAUAGAUGCUAAGCGGCCAUCAGCAGUUAAUUAUCGGUCAAGCAGUACUGAACCCCCUAGAGCUACUAUUGGAGGGCGCUUAAGUCGAGAGGCUUCUGCCACUAAAAUACCUAUUAACAGUAGGUCCCGUUCUCAAACCAGUGGAGGUGAAGUAAGGUAUGAAAAAACAACUCCUCUACGUUCAAGCCAAUACAGCAGGAAUUAUAAUACACCAAAUAGGACACCAUCCAGGGAGCGAGGUAAAAUUGACCUGCAAGCUGCCUUGGACCGAGUCCUGGCAUUUUAUACUGUUAAGGAUCAAAGACCAAUAAACAACAUAGCAUGGCAACGUUCAGAGUGUUCCCGAAUGAAUGAAGUACUAACAUCUCAAGAAUUAGGAGGACUCAACAGACCAUUGACCAUUGCCCGGUUUGUUGAAAUUGUGAAUGGGCUAAUUACACACCUUCUAAGAGAUCCUAAAUUGAAUAAUGAUACAUAUGUUACUAAGAUGCCACAUCUGGUGAAACGCCUUUUAUACCCAGGUAUUGUAUCAAAGUCCUGGCUGCGUACCGUCAAUACUCUACAUGCCUUUCCACACGCAUUAGCACUUAUAUCGUACCUCACUGACAUGUUGUGUGAUCUUAGGCGGCCCUUCACUGAUGAAUGCUUAUAUAAACAUAAUGAUAAGGUGUCCUGCCUUCGGAGAGAGUUUUUGAAGGAGGGAUGGCGAAUGUUCAGCUUGGACAUACAAGUAGAAGUCGAUGAUCAUAUAGAGUCAUAUGUCGAUCAAUUCAAAGAGCUUGUUGGAUUUGAUGAACAAAAAGUGCUUGAACUACAGGAGAUCAAUAAAGAAUAUAAAACCCACCUAGAAGAGAGCGAAGCAGAGGUCUCAGCACUACGUGAGAAAGAGGACGCACUAUCGUCUCGCCUCGCUCACAUCAGAUCUGAGAUAAAAGCAGUGAGGAACGACAGACGUAAUUUGGCAGACACAAUGACAUCUGAACUUACGCGUACGAAUGAUUUGUCAGACGGCAAGAAACAACUUGCUGCUGAGAUUGAGAGGCUUAAGCCCCAACAAGCACAACUCCAAAGAGAGUUGGCAGCUCAAACCAUGUCAGUACAGCAACGGGAUGGAUUGCUCGAUAAGCUUGACUUCAACCGAAGAGUCGUUGAUACAAAAUGGACACUUGCUGAAGAUAUUUCUAAAAAGCUGAUAAACAAGGAGAAUGAAUUGGCUCUAUGGCAAAAGCUUGCCCUUGAGACUUGUGCUAAGUACAAGCAAGGACUCAUAGACCUCACCCCGGUUUGUCCACACCUGGCCUCACUCGCUGUAGAUGAAUCUGAGGUGAUGAGUGAGCAAUGCAUCCAAAUGAUGGCUCGAGCAGUAGAAGAGCUGCAGCGUGAGCAGACGGUGCUGGCCGAUCGCCGUUCUCAACGAGCUAGGUCCAAGACGCAGCUGCAUAGGCGGAAUGCGCAAAUGGCGGAGGAAACCCGUUCAAAGAUAUCAGAAGUGAAAAUGUCAAUUGACCGUGAACAGCAAGUUUUGGAGGAGGAGAUGACAUCUGAUGCAGCAUCAGCAGCUGCCUGGAGCCGGGAAGAGGCCGAGUUCGAACAGAGAACUGAGGAGAUGAAGGCAGAGCUCAUGAGGUACCAGGAGAUAGAGGACCAGCUCAAACAGAUGCAAGAACAGCAUAAUCUCUUAAAAGAGCGAGUAGCGUAUUUGAAGUCUGUAGCGGAUGCUGCGCGUACGCACGCAGACAAAGUAUUGGAAAGAUCACGAAUACGACACGAACGAUUGCUGCGGGAUGCGAUAGACAAGGUCAGGGAAAGGAUUCGUAAGGAUUUCCAGUGA